UCAUAAGAAGGCGCCGAGGGUUCGGAAGGCUACGGAGGCUACACGUGAGCCAUGGAUACACCGCUGAGGCGCAGCCGGCGGCUGGAAGGCUUAAAACCUCUUUCUCUAGAGAACCUUUCGGACCGCAAGGUCCCUCGGGCGAAACGGGCUCUAGUAGAUUUCCAGACAAACCCAGAAGAAACAGGAGAGCUCGAGCCUCCGAGCGUUCCACCACUGGGCCUUGCGUCUCCCCUACGUGAGCCGGAGACUAGCCCUGGAUCACCCUGCCCUAGACAGGAAGCGGCGUCUCCCCCGCGUCAGCCGGAGACUAGCCCUGGAUCACCCUGCCCUAGACAGGAUGCCGCGUCUCCCCCGCGUCAGCCGGAGACUAGCCCUGGAUCACCCUGCCCUAGACAGGAUGCAUACUUUGAGUCCUCACCAAGGCAGCCAGAGCCUCCCUCUGGGGCCCUUCAGCUUCAUCAAGAUCUGGACCUGGAGUCAACUGCGAGACAGACAGCAUCGAGUCCGGAAUCCCCGCAACAAGAGCAACCAUCCAAACUAUCUCCCACACAGGGAGAACUGGACUCUGAAGCGGCCCACGCUGAAGACGAGGUAAUCCCAAGAUCCCCCGAGCCUUGCCCGGGCCAGCAAGCACCGGGUCCCGAGCCCUCUCAGCCAACACAGGAGCUGACAAUUCAGGCACCUAGCUCCCCAAAGCGCCAGCUAGAGCCAAGCAAGCUGCCUCCGGCAGGACAGACAGUAACAGAAAGUCUUGACCAAAAGAAGCGAGUUAUAACUUCUCCCCAGGCCCCAGCGUCCAAGAAAUUGAAGGAGAAGGAGGAACUUCCUGUAAUUCCGAAAGGGAAGCCCAAAUCCGGGCGUGUGUGGAAAGACCGCUCCAAGAAGAGGUUCUCCCAGAUGGUUCAGGACAAGCCCCUGCGUACCUCCUGGCAGCGCAAGAUGAAAGAGCGACAGGAGAGAAAGCAGGCUAAGGACUUCGCCCGGCACCUGGAGGAGGAGAAGCAGCGGCGCCGGCAGGAGAAGAAAGAGCGCCGGGCUGAAAACCUGAGACGCCGUCUAGAAAAUGAACGCAAGGCUGAGAUUGUCCAAGUGAUCCGAAAUCCUGCCAAGCUCAAGAAAGCAAAGAAGAAGCAGUUGCGCUCCAUUGAAAAAAGAGACACCCUGGCCUUGCUCCAGAAACAGCCACCCCAGAGGCCGGUAGCCAAGGUCUGAGCUCAGGACAGUCCAGAGACCUCAACAAGCCAAGAGUCACAGCAAACAAGAGACCUCUCAGGCCAUGGACUGACACCUCUCCUGGGACCAGUACACAAACGCUAUCACAUUAAGAUGGAGACUCCAGCCCAGAGAGAACUGAAGACUGUGCUAGGACUCAAGAGAACUGUCGUCAUCUCCUUUCCCGCCUGUUCCAAGUGCCUUGUGAUCAUGAACUGUUGCGGGUGCAGCAGCAGUGCAUACCUUUAAUCCCAGUGCUCAGGAGACAGACAGACCUCUCAGAGUUUGAGGCCAGUCUUGUCUAUAGAGUACAGGAUAGCCAGGGCUACACAGAAAAAUCCUAUCUCAAAACAAAACAAACAAAAGAGGUCUUAAACUGUGAAUUCUUGUUCCCCAGGGAGCUGGUCUUGGGGUCCUGGAUAUUACACACGCCUGGAGGCCUGCUGUCAGAAGUCAGCACCUCCAUUUUUUCAGUGACACCUUGGCCACUUGUGCAUUCUGCUGAUUUGGUCCCCUCAGUCAACUGAAGCCAGCCCUUCCCUAAUUUAGCACUAAAAGAUUAAAGUGGGGAGUUGCAGGGAGCUGAGUUUGUCCCCAGCACCCCUUUCACACACUGGACUGUAGACACCUUGGGGUUCGAGCCAUGCAGAGAUGUUUAUUGGCAUCUGCCUAAUAAACCAUUAAAGUACA